AUGAAAACUUCUGCUAAUGAAAAGCGUCAUAUUUUAUUAGACAAUGUUCGGAUCCACCAUGCCGUAAAGGCAUUGAAAGAUUUAGGUUUACCAAGUAUUAAAGAAUUAGCAGAGCAAAAGAACAUUGUUCUUAUUUACUUACCUCCUUAUACCCCCGAACUAAAUCCUACUGAAAACUGUAAUAGUGUUAUAAAAAGCUUUUAUAGAAAGCAUCGACCGCGAACCGAGGAAGAAUUAAGAAAAGUUAUUGAGGAAGGAAUAGCAGAAUUAAAGAAACACGAUUUGAGGAAUUAUUUUAAAA